UCCCAAUCCCACUACCCAACCCCCAAACAGGCAACCAAAACCAACAAAAAAUGGCGGAAGAUGCCCGAGAUCUCUCCACAACCUCCAACACAAACCCAAUCGUAACCGCCAGGACCCGCAACACCACCCUCGACCCAGCAAAUCCCACAGAUCCAAAGGUCACACCAAACGACUACGCUGCAACCCAGCAAGCUACCCUCUCGGAAGCCGUCAAAACCAUCCACACGGAAGACUUCAAGAAAGUGCAUUUACAGCCAUGCGUUCGGAACGCCUUUCUAUACGGGAUCAUCGCCGGUAUUGCGUUCGGGGGUUUGAAGCUUGUUCUUCGAGCACCAGUACCCAAUGCGGCGAACUGGGCCGCCGGAACGUUUGCGGGAACUAGCGCGAUUACAUAUGAGGUUUGCCAGUACCGGAGGCAUAAGGAGAAGGCUGGAAUGCGGAGGGUUGUGGAGAUUAUUGAUCGGAAGAAGGCCGAGAGGGAAAAGGUCCUUGUGGAGAGGAAAGAGGUGGCUAUGAGGGCUGCUGAAGAGAGGGCUGUAAAGAAGGAAGCAGAAAGGCUGGAGAGUUUGAAGCCGUGGUAUAAGAAGCUUUUUUAAAACAAAAUGGGAUGGGAUGAUGAGGGAAAGGUAAUUGUACAUCAGGUAAAUAAUAAGUUUGGCGUCGUUGGCUUUGCUAAACUUGACUUGGAUAUCUACUCCACAAAGAUGUUUGGUAUCACGGAUCAUAAGCUACAGGUGGUGGUGCGAUGUAAGACUAAAUUAAGUGGGUACAUAAGAAGUAUUGUAGUGAAAAACAAUACCUCAAGAAAUACCGUAUCAAAAGCAAUAAAACGGACAUAUGUCAAGCCAAAUCAUAAAA